CUACAAGUCCCGUGUUUAGCGGAGGGAGUAAAUUCACCGCCUGACUUUACAAUACGCGGAUAGAGGUGACCCUUCUGUCUAGUCCGACUCUAAGCAGGGAGAACAGGCACAGCAGAAACAAGCCAUCUUCACCCGCUAGCAAAAAUGGCUGAACCGAUCCGUGUUGUGGUGACCGGCGCUGCUGGCCAGAUUGCCUACUCCCUGCUGUACAGCAUUGCAAAGGGGGAUGUGUUUGGAAAGGACCAGCCAAUCAUCUUGAUCCUGCUGGACAUCCCCCCCAUGCUGCCGGUGCUGGAAGGAGUCGUCAUGGAGCUGCAGGACUGCGCCCUCCCACUGCUGAGGGAGGUCAUCCCCACUGACAAGGUGGAGGUGGGCUUCAAGGACAUUGAUGCCGCAAUCUUGGUGGGCUCCAUGCCCAGGAAGGAGGGGAUGGAGAGGAAGGACCUUCUUAAAGCUAACGUGGCUAUCUUCAAGACUCAGGGAGCCGCCCUGGACAAGUACGCCAAGAAAACCGUGAAGGUUUUGGUGGUGGGAAAUCCAGCAAACACAAACUGUCUGAUCGCCUCCAAGUCUGCUCCAUCCAUCCCCAAAGAGAACUUCUCCUGCCUGACCCGACUGGACCACAACAGAGCCUGCUCCCAGGUGGCGAUGCGUUGCGGCGUGUCCUCCGACAAAGUGAAGAACGUCAUUAUCUGGGGGAACCACUCUUCCACUCAGUACCCCGAUGUCCACCACGCCAAGGUCAAUGCCCUCGGCAGUGAGAUGGCUGCCUACGAUGCUGUGAGGGAUGAUGCCUGGCUCAGAGGAGACUUCAUCUCAACAGUGCAGCAGCGAGGUGCUGCUGUCAUCAAAGCCAGGAAGCUGUCCAGCGCCAUGUCCGCUGCCAAGGCCAUCUGCGAUCACAUGAGGGACAUCUGGUUUGGCACUAAGGAUGGCGAGUUUAUCUCCAUGGGGGUGUAUGCUGGUGGAAACUCCUAUGGCAUCCCAGAAGACCUCAUCUACUCUUUCCCUGUCCAGAUCAAGAACAAGACCUGGAAAGUGGUCGAUGGACUCCCCAUUAAUGACUUUUCCCGAGCAAAGAUGGACGCCACAGCAGCAGAGCUGGUGGAGGAGCGAGACACUGCUAUGGACUUCCUGUCCCAGUGACUGUCAGCCUUUGCUGGCCAACAGCAGCAUUUAGAUCCACUAAAUCCUGGCUGUUCUCGUCUAUGAAGACCAAGCCCUCCACUAUUAUAAUUAUCCGAGCUGGUGUCUGUGUGUCACCUCUGUGUUUGUGUGUAUGCUUAAGUACACAUUGGUGUGUCACUACACCACUUCAUCAGGUUUACUCAGAACCUGUUCUCUAAAUCUCGACAUCCUGGCCUCCUCUGUCUGCAAGAGAAUGUCUGUUGUUAGAUACACAAACUAGCUGAGCAGAAACUGUAACGUAAACUCUUACCUUCAGUAAAACAACAAGAAACUGA